GCAGUGAAAGAGCUCGAGGGCGAAAUCCACGUUUCAGUCUGUCGCGUGUGUUGCUACGGCUCGUCUAGUGCACCGCUCUCUCCACCGCUGCCGUUGCACAGUGAUCUCUCAGUGCUCUCGAAUCUCUCUCGGGCGGAGAGGGCUGAUGCCGUCGUGAUGUCGUGAGAAAGAGAGAGAGAGAGAGAGAGGAGCGCACGCGAGAGUCACGCAUAUAUACGUGGCCGAGGAGGAGGAGGAGGAAGAGGACCGGAGCGGUGGUGCGCGAGUCCCACGCGACCGCUGAGGGGGGACGGCGAGAUGACGUCUCGACGGAACGUCGCGCGACCUCGUCGCUCGUCGUCGCGGAUCGCCGCUCCUCGCGCGUAAACCCAAAUUCCCGCUCGUGAAAUUCCCGCCCGACCGCCCGCGACGUCGAUAUCGGAUCUCGUCCGAGAUCGUCCCGCGCCUCCCGAGUCUCACCAAAUUCACCUACGAAACGUAUAUCCGUCAAACGACGAAUUACUGCCGUGAGACGAUCGCCCGACUCGCGAAACUACAGCUUGCACACGUAGCGCAAAGUGAAAUUCGUCCCGCGAGACAGCCCACCGCGCGAAGAGGAACGUCGCAACCUUCGCGCUCCGAUCUCUCAGAGAUUGGAAUUUAAAUUCUUACGAGAGGGAAAUCGUCGUCGACCCGAGCCGCGCGCGCGAACCGAAGGAUGCACGUGAUCCUAUUUAACGCUACAUCCCAUUAGAAUAUGUCGCGUAAGUCUUUAAAAAGCAAACGAGGGGAAAAGGUCGAGCACGCUGCAGCGACUACACCGCUCCGCUGGCGGCCGAGAGAUGACUAUACCACUGGCGAGAGAGAGAGAACGAUAAGCCUAUUAUCAGCCAGCUUUAAGUGAAGCGAGAUUGAUCGCGUAAAAAUAACCGGCGCGCGGUACAAAAAAGAAACUGAGAGGAUCACGUGGCGGGAAUGCGCGCGAGGUACACUUUACGGCGGCGAUUGCUAUAUCCGUAUCGCGAUCGUCAAAACCGUGUGUGAAGGAACCCUCCCCGUGGGUUGACUUCCGCCGCGUGAGCCGCGUCCACCUAGCUCACCUCCGGAGAUGCUCGCGGGGAUCGCCGUUGUGACGCCGGGUGAUGACGAUUGGCGAGCGAAUUGUCCGUAACAAGAUUGGAUGAUGACGGAUUCCCCGACACCAUCGACCAGUAGACAUCACGACGACAAAUGCGACAAGCCCGAGAGAUCCGAUAAGACGGUGUUACUGCAAAUCCAGGAUAUAAACAGCCAGGUAGCGCAGUUCCGCGAUUUGCUCAUUAACAUCGGACAGCCGCGCGACUGUCCGGAGCUACGUGAAAAAAUACGGAAGCUGCGUCGUAGCUGCGUGGAGGCUUGCAAGAGCACAUCUCAACUGGUACUGCCGCACGUGCAAAGCGCUAUGGAUGUCGGAAUACCAGUCGACAGUCCAAAUCUGGUGCUGCUGUUUUACGUGGUACAGCUCUUCUUACGCGAGCUGCACAAGAGUAAAAACCUUAUACAAAUCAUACCCAUGGACAUGUCCGGAUAUUAUGAGAACCGCGCUGGUCCCUCGUAUAUCGGCAAUGUGGUCUCGCAAAUCCUCCUCUGCAAACAAAUUAGGCCGGACUUCAACGAGGAGGAGCUGUGCAGCAUCCGAAAGGACUCGGAAGAGAUCGGGCAGCUGAUAGCGGAGCUACAAGAAUUUAUGCCCCAAUCCGAGGCUGACACGGGUACAAUUCCGCCGAGAAAACCGUGGCCCUUCACAAUCCUGGGAACAAAAUCAAUCGGAACAACGGAACACGGAGGAUGCACCGAUGGAGCAGCAACAGAGACCGACAAUCGUCCUACUUCCGCAACGGUUUCAGAUUUCUGUGCUGCGCCGCGAGCACUAAUUACGUUUAACGUACAUACAUAACUCAUCCUAACUCAUUAAAACGUAAUGUAGUUCCGAUUAUGCGAAUAAUUAAUGCGCACCGAUAUUUUCAGCAGUGAUUUCAACGCUAAAUUCCCUGAAAUAAAGUUAACAGGAAUCGACGGCGCUCUUCGGCGCUCGUAAAUGAAUCGCGGUGGGAAAGUCCCGUUUAUGAAGUACCCUAAGAAAGGCGUAGUUAAUAGUUUGCCGAUUUAUUUUCAAAGUGAACUCGAAGUCGCUUUACUUUCGACGAAACUUUAAUAUCGCGCCUUCAUCUAUCGUAAUUUCUCAACUAGUUUCCGCAUCAUUAAUACACGUCUCUCUUGGGAUAUACUUUAUGAAAGACAGCGGAUAAAGAACGUCGCAACGAUAAAGUCGGGAGAUAUACACUUCGAGGCCUAACUGAAAGGCCUAAACCUGUCCCGUUUGCAGAGAUAUAUAUCCUUGGAACAAAUUUUUAACGCACGUACAGCCGGUGACAAUCAAAGUAGAAGCGCUCGAGAUCGCUGAUAAUUAUUGACAAAUCGCGCCGCGACGGACACGGGUAAGCAGAUGACGGGAACGGAUGAGGAGAAAAAAAGAAGGGAGGGGAAUUUCAGCACUCUUUUACGUCUCUCAGCAUAAGAAUUCUAGUGGCACUCGAUACUGUUCCUAUUUUUUUCCAACGUCCUUCUAAUCUCUCCUAAGAAUUCGCUUUGUCCUAUUAAACUUCCAAGCCGCGGAGACAAAAGGGUUGCCGUUGUCGAGGAGCCCUUUAUUCAAGUCCACUCCACGAUCGUUUCAUCAAUCCCACGAUUGCGCGCGCCACGAUUGCUCGGUUAUCUAACUCGAAGUUUUUUCCCAAAACGUAUCUCUUACGCGCAGAAAAACGUCAUUCCCGUGUUAAGCAAAGCGACUUUACUCAAUUUCAGUUUUCUUCUUUCAGGUAAAGGUUAUCUUUACAAAGAAAACUUAAUAAUAAUCUUCAAGUACACUCAUUAUUUACUCGAAACAAGUAACAUUUGCUUAAAAUAAACUUCCGUGUACGCUGUGAAAGAUACGCACUGUAAAUUAUUUGGAUUGAAUAUUGUUUAUUUCAAAUAUUUCCAUAAAUGCAUCGCAAGUUUAUUCAAAAUAUAUUCUGAAUCCUAAUAAUUUUAUACUUCAAUUAAAAAUAUUAAAUUAAAACAAAAAUUCGAUUUACUCAUAUUCUGUUUUUUCGUGGAUACAAUUUUUUAAUAUUCUUCGAAAAGGGAUACAUUCUUUCUGAGUACAUAAUGAGUCUUUCUAAAAUUUAUGAGUAUAUUUUAAGACAAUUAUUAAGAAAAUAUUCUUUGUUAAAGAUAACCGUUCCUUGCAAAAAGAAAAAAAAAGCAAAUUAGACGAUCGCUUUUCUUAGCAAUAUAAUUGAUGUUUUUCUCUACAUAUUAUAACGAAUUCUUUCGGUUUCGCAUUUAGACCUGUCGUUCGUGUCAAAUUUAAUAAUCGUGGAUCUUCGACAAGGUAAUAAUCGCACGUAAUCAAAACUAGCUUGUAAUCUCCGAUUCCGGGUCUCAGAAUCCCCGGACGGGAAUCUAGACGAACGCAUUUUCGAAUAUAUCGUCAGAGUAAAUCGCGUCUGUGUCGUGUCAAAGCGAGUAGAUGUAUGUUGUGGAGCAAUUAUAAUAUCCUAGCGUAUUUACAAGUGAGUGGACCAACCUCGAUCUAUUUAUAAUGCGCGACGGGCGCGCACGCAUUAUAGCCCUAGAUACGCGCGUUUCGCAUCUCGCGUAUAUAUAUGUAUAUAGAGAUUGUCUACAAAGCAAUACGUAGGAGUACACACGCGGAGGAAGUGUUGCGCGAAGAUAUGUAUGUGUGUGUAUGUGCAUGCAUAUAUAUAUAUAUAUACACAUAGAGUUAGUCGCGCACGCCCGUUAAUACAUUUCUCUCGCAUGAAAUGUGUAGCGGGGAGAACACGGUCGUUAUCUUGUGACUUUAACCCUAAACAGUAUCGUUAUUCAAUAAAAAUAAAAGGGAGGGGUGAGAAGAAGACGCCUAUACAGCUUUAACGAUCAGUUUUGUUCCGGAAGUUUCCCAAGUAACACGUGUUGCUACUACUUUUACACACGGACUCCUAAAUGAGUUGCGUUACGUUUAGGGGACGUAUGUGAAACGUGUAUGGGACAACCCGGGCUACUUUACUAAUUCGCGCUUUAAUUCGAAACGAUAAAUGUCGACAUAUCGCGAUGCAAAAAGGGAUAUUUUUAUAUCUUCGCACACAAAUAGAGAGCGUUACUGUUUCGGGUUAAUAACGACCAGCCGGCAGGCGUCUGUGAACUAUGAAGGCAAGAAAAAAAAAGAGGAAAAGAUCGAUACUAUGGCAGCGUCAAACAACCGUAUACAUUUCGACCGCAAUAAUAUAAUGUAAAAGAUACGAAAUAUUUUGUUACUUUCCCUUUUUAUCCGAAUAUUCCGACAUACUUUUUUAAAAACGACUGCACCUUUGAGUCUUUUCCGGUGUUAAUUGUUACGUUCCACCAAGGGAUCAUAUGUGAUACCUCGAACGUUCCAUAGUAUAACUCGAUUGAGCUGUUACGUAUGCAAAUUAGACGUAAGAUCGCACUCGAGUACGCGCAACAGGAGAGAGUGACUAUUUUAUAUGAGCGUUGCGCGGAAAGAGAGGCGGAAUGACGGAGCAGAGCACUCGCGGAGGAAUGACCACGUCCUGUUUCUUCUCCUAUUCCAAGCGACGCGAGAUUGUACGUUCGAUUAAAUAACACAUAUCAAUCGUGAGCGGGGUCAAAAAAAAAAAAGAGAGAAGAAUCCCAGCGAAAAUUUUUCUCAGAACUCUUUAUAUAAUAUUAUUUCUGCAUAAAUUUCAAGAUUUCUGUAUAAUUUUGUAACUUCUUCGGGAAGUCUCUUGGAUUUUUUAUACAAAUUGCAGCACUUUGUAAAAGUGCUGAGUAAGUCUGCCAAUCUCUUC